CAUCCGUCACUGUUUACAGUGGAUCCAGCUGACAGCAGAAAAAUCUAGCUUGAGAUCAAAGGAACACUGGUAUUUUCUGACUUUUACAAAGUUAUCUGUUUCUUUUCAUUGUGAAAGAAAGAACAAUUUCUAUUACUUUCAGCACUUAAGUAUUAAAUAUGAAAUGGACCCAGCCUUAUUGUUUGUAUUGCGUCUUCUUAUACCAACGCUAGGUAAUGUGUUCAGAGUCUGGGGGUUGGGCAGCUCAAAAGCAAAAUUCAAUCACUGAGAGGGGUUUCCUCAUUUAGUUUAAGAGAGGUGGACAGGCUCCAGUCGCUGAGCUGUCAGGUAUGGCCCACCUGUCACAUUUUUCCUGAGGUAGUUACACAGGUUGUGACGAGGAAAGAACAGGUCGGUUGACUCCUGGGCUGAUUUAAAGCAGGUAUUGUGUGAUUAGAGAAGUGUGGCUUUGGAGUCAGAUCUGAGCCCUGCUCACAGCUUCCUUAAAUCGUUGGACAAAUCCGUUUGCCUCGGAGCCUGUUUUCUCAUCUGUAAACUAGAUUUUCUUCUCGCUUUUUUUCCCCUUCACUCGAAUGAAUGCAAGGUCACUGAAGGCAGGAAUCACGUGUGCCUCGUUUUCUUCUUGAAUCCCCAGGAUCGAGUCCAUAGGCGAUCCUCAAAAUUAUGAAUGAAUGAGUGGAAGUAUCGUUACCUGGGAGAGACCCGACCAGCACUACCUUAUCCAGGUGAUGAAGCGGCCCCAGCGCCCAAAGCAGGCAAGGGCCGUGCCCCUCACAAAGAUGGCGGCCGCCGGCGUCGGAGGAGGUCCGCCCGCUACAAAGAUAGCGGCCCCGGCGGGAGGGACCGGAAGUGCAGUCUGGCGGUAGCGCCGGUCUGCGGUAGGCGUGAGAACGCGCGGGACGGCGCGGGUCCGGGCAUGAAGCUGGGCCGGGCCGCACUGGGCCUGGUGCUGCUGGCGCCGUUGGCGGUGCGGGCGGUGGAGCCCAUCAGCCUGACACUGGCCCUGGCCGGCGUCCUCACCGGCUACAUCUCCUACCCGCGCCUCUACUGCCUGUUCGCCGAGUGCUGCAGCCAGAAGCAGAGCCUCAGCCGGGACGCGCUGCAGAAGGAUCUGGACAGCAAGCUCUUUGGACAGCAUCUUGCAAAGAAAGUCAUCUUAAAUGCUGUGUCUGGCUUCAUAAGCAACCCGAAGCCCAAGAAACCUCUAACCCUCUCCCUACACGGGUGGACGGGCACCGGCAAAAAUUUUCUCAGCAAGAUCAUCGCAGAGAAUAUUUACGAGGGUGGUCUGAACAGUGACUACGUCCACCUGUUUGUGGCCACACUGCACUUCCCUCACAUCUCCGACAUCACCCUGUAUAAGGUGGUUCGCGGGGCUUCCCUGGUGGCGCAGUGGUUGGGAGUCCGCCUGCCGAUGCGGAGGACAUGGGUUCGUGCCCCGGUCCGGGAUGAUCCCACAUGCCGCGGAGCGGCUGGGCCCGUGAGCCAUGGCCGCUGAACCUGCGCGUCCAGAGCCUGUGCUCCGCAACGGGAGAGGCCACAACAGCGAGAGGCCCGCGUACCGCAAGAAAAAAAAAAAAGGUGGUUCGCUUUGUGGACUCGGGCAAGUCACUUCAGCUCCCCUAAGGGUCUCGUUCUGUAAAUAGAGUUUAGUCCAUACCUACAGAGCAGAGUUACUGCUUAAGUUAAAUAUGUACCCAUGGAACAUUGUAACCAUGGUCCGAGUAGCCAAGCAAAACGCCAAAUCAUAAGAAGUCAAGUCAUUGUAACUUACAGAUUUUUCCUCAGAAACAGAUAGCUAAUUCUUUCUCCUUACAUCUGGGAAAGAACCGUAUAGAACCAUAGUUCAAAUUUCUGAUGUAAAGAGUCCUUUCUCCUUCUUAUCUUGAUUGUUUAAUAUAAGAAAUACCUAAAUAUGUUCUUAGGGAAUGUUCCACUUAAGCAAAUUUAUUUCAGCAACCUCCAGGCAUUGUUCCAGAAACUCAAGAGUGUUGCCUCACCACAGUCAUCCCCAAGUGUGUGUGCUCUGGAGUUCUCCUCACUUCCCCCAUUGGAAAGUUAGAGCCCCUUCUCCAGGCUGAUCUAAGGACUGAAUGAGAAAAGAGGUUACUUGGUCUCUGCCUUCUUCCAAGAAGGCUGGUGUACACAGGAUACGGAUUAACAUUGCCAUUUUGAUGACAAAGGCCCAGCAACUCAGUGACACAGCAUCGACGUGACAUGUUGCAGGACAAGAAUUACAAUCAGAGUGUGGGGCCUUGGAAUCAGGCAGGGUGGGAUUCAGAUCUUAGCUCUGUCUCAUACUAAUUUUGUAAUCUUGGGCAAAUGUUGUAAUCUCAGUUGACUAUGCUCUCUGUGCUUCAGUUUCCUCAUCUGUACAAUGGGUAUGAUAAUGCCCACCAUGUGGCGUUGUGGUGAGAAACAGAAGAGCUUAUAUAAAGUUCUUAGCACAGUGGGGAGCACACAGGAAGCAGUCCGUAAAUGCAGCCUUCGUAGAGGCGUUUGUAGCGUUAAUAAUGCUCACUUUGGUGGUGUCGCUCGCACUUCUGAGCAUCUGUAUUGGCUCUUCCCCCUUGUC